GUUACUGGAGGUGGUAAUCAAGGCAAUCGAGAGCUAAGUUUGGAGGYGGACGCGAGCCGUGACAAGGAAACAGGUCCGGGCUGCCGCAACUGUCACAGGUCCGGGCUGCAGCGACUGUCAUAGGGUCGGGUUGUAAYAGUUGGCAAGAAAACCUAACUGCGUCUUCUGGCGGUCCAAUGGAACCCGGCACGAUGGGGCCUCAACCGACCAUGGGCGAAGCAGGAGAGGAGUAUAGGACAUCGCCCGAUCGAGCUCUGAAAGAACUGAAGGAACGAAUUAGGCAAGAAGCACCGCUGAGAUGGGCUGACCAAACCAAUGACGGAGGGCCCGACAUAAGAGGCGAACCAGUUGCGACAGAGCCGCAGGAGGCUCUAAAGACGGGUACCUCGAGCGGACGACAAGAAGCGACGAGGCGACGCUCUCCCGAGUACGAGCGGAGGGACACCAUAGCGGACAGACGUGACUUCUCUCUCUACAAGGAGUAUGCCACUGAUAGAUGUCCUGAUUUCAAGGAUUAUCCCUGGUCGGAGAAGAAUGAGGCCGUGGCUGAGGAAGUGAAGGAGAUACGGGACAUGGUGAAGGGAUUAACGGGACAGGUUACAGAGAUUAUGACCGCUACAGGGGCCACGGCCUACCGAGACAAACCUGGAGGACCCUAUUCACUUCGCUGGGACCGUAGGAACAACGAUCCCUGGAAGAGUGUCGAGGAUAGAAAUCCUCGGACGCUGACUGAUUAUCGUACGAGGGGAAGAGAGAGAGACGAUGAGCCAUGGCGACAUAGGAACGAUGAGAUAGACCGAGACCGCAGAGAUCGCGAGCCGUUUGUGCGAGCAAGGAGGCUGGAUGAUUACCCGCGAAACCCUCGCUAUGAGGCCGAUCGGGGUAGAGGCGACUUCCGCGGCCGAUGGGAGACAGAACAGGGCCGACGAGAUGUAUAUAGGGACGAAAGAUAUGAGGGAUCGGACCGAGAUGGAUAUAGGGACGACAUAUACGAGAGGUCGGGUCGAGAUGGCUACAAAGGAAGUAGAUAUGAGAGAGGAUAUCGGGACUGGGAACGACAAGAUGAGUUGCGCGGACGGUUUAAGCGCGGGGGAGAUGCGAGAGAGCAGCGCGACGAGUCGCGGGGGUGGUACAACCGAGGGGACCAACGCGAUGAGUCACGAGGACGAUAUGACUCGGGAGACCGCCGGAAUGAUUCGCGAGGGCGGUAUGAGCAAGGAGGGUUUGGAGGAGACUGGCGCAACGAUCCGCGCGGUCGGAAUGAGAGAGGGGGAUAUGGCGUCUCAUCAGAAUCAUAUCCCAAGUCGCCUGACCCCAAGGCGGCCAGGAAUUCGAUCUCUAGAGGCGCAGACGACAGGGCAUCUACUCCGAGGAACUCAUGCGUCUACUGUAGAGGAGAAGAUCAUAUCAAGAGGGAUUGCCCGGACCUCAAACGGGCAAUAGAUGAGGGACUUGUCGUGCUUGACGACCGCAAGUACGUCAAGUGGGCAGAUGAUCUCAGAGAUGUAUCGAUGUUCCCUUCGAUGAAGGAGAAUGUCGAAGCGAGGAGAAUAAAGACGAGUAAAGGAAUGGAGUCGGUCAAGAGCCAGAGCAUCAAGAUAACCUUUGAGGGGGAUAUCGCGACCACACCUAUAAAGGUGGCAGCCACGAAGUCGGCAAGAGGGUCUACAUCGAAGAAGACUGACACGGAUUACGUGAUGGCGCAGAAGAACGGGUAGCGGGUCGAUGGAGAGGAGGUUAUCCUUUCGCCGCGAAAGCGGGGAGUGGAGAAGUUCUUAAUGAAGAGUUCGCUGGACG